AUGGAAGUCUCCAGGCCCAAGUCAAGUUCUGGGACCACCAAGUACAAGUCAAAUAGUGCUCAUUUAACCCCUUUGGGCCCCUUGGGAGUGGAGGAAGACUGGACAGAGAGGGAGAAGGGGCCAAUGAAGGUACAGUAUUUACUAUGGGAUUUAACUCCUGAAAGGCCUCCCAGUAGCUUCAGAUCUGCUCAAGAAUCCUUCAUGUCCUGCUGGUUUGCAGUGAGUGGCUCACAGCUUCAAGGCCUCCUCUGCCAGAUAGAGAACUAUUUCAACCAUCCUGCCUCUAUUUUGGACUGUAGCAAUGCAGAUAGGAAACCUGACCCCAUUUUCAGGUUGCUGGACAAAUCCAAGGAUAAAACUGGCCUGGACCUAGUGACGGGCAAUUCCAAAAGCAAGCUGAAUGUGAGAAGUUCACUCACAGAGAACCCUAGUGUCAAAGAGCCUCUCUACUUGGGAAUGGCUCAACACUGGGAAAAUAAACCCUGGGUAGCGAUCGUUGAGCGCAGUUUCCAGGAGCCGGUGCCGGGAGAGGCCCCUCUCCCCCCGCGGCUGGCGCGGAAUGUGGCGAUCCGGCCAGGGGCGGGGGAUGACUUCCGGCGGCCGGAGCUCGGCGCCGGGAGCAGGUGCUGCAGCUGGCAGGUGGGGUGGGGGCCGGCCGAGCUGACCACACACAGACGCGGCGCGGCGGCACUGCGGCCCCCGGGCAGCCGGCGCCGGGGACAUGCGCUGAUUCGAUCCCUCCGGAGAAGUGUGUGGGCCUCUCACUGUUGUGGCCUCUCCCGUUGCGGAGCACAGGCUCCGGACGUGCAGGCUCAGCGGCCAUGGCUCACGGGUCCAGCCCGCUCUGUGGCAUGUGGGAUCCUCCCGGACCGGGGCACGAACCCGCGUCCCCUGCAUCGGCAAGCAGACUCUCAACCACUGCGCCACCAGGGAAGCCCAGAUCUUCAUUUUUUUAAGGACCUAAAAUGGGAGCUCUUCCUUAGCACUGGCACAAAGGCUGCUGAGAUGACUAGGAAGCAAGUGCCAAGGAGGAUAGUGAAUCAAAGAACCUUGAUUCAUGGAAAAGGAAUCCCAGAAGGAGCUCUAAACGUUACACAUUCCAAAGGAUUUAUUCAGGGUUUUCCAAUCAAAAUCAUUUUUACAAAAAAGAAACAGUUCUCAGACUUCGAGUAGUAUACUGCCAAGUAUGUGGAAGAACAUUGCCAGCAGUUGAGUGGUGUGGUCUGCUUUGAAAUAUAUUCAGUUUUCUUAGGAUGGACAUAUGUCUACUUCAGAGUUACUAUUUCUUUCUAGUAAUGCUGUCUACAGUAAUAUAUUUGCUUUUGCCAAGUUAAGAAAACAAUGACAUCCCUCCCAGGUUCUAAAACAAUUACCAGCAUAAAAAUACAUUAAAAUUUUUCACUGAUACUUAAGGAAACCAGUACUAGCUAGCAUUCCUACUGAUGCUAGUAUUCAAAGAGAGGCAUGACAAAACCAUUAAUCUGGAAGAAACUGGGUUGGAAAGAUGGAGAGAAAGAACUCAAGAGGACUACUUAAGCUGUUGCUUUCUUUACAUGUCCCCAAAUAUGAUAAUAACCAUAUAAGCUCCUAAAAUAAGUGCAAUUUUAUGCAAACUUCAUAGUAUGCCUAGUAGGAGGUAAAUUUUUACUUUACUUUAUAGUAUAUUUUUAUUUUGGUAAAAUGUCCCAUAAUGUAAAAUUUACCAUUUUAACCAUUUUUAAGUGUAUCAUUUAUUGGUAUUAAGUACAUUCACAAUGUUGAGCAACCAUGACCAUUAUCCAUUUUAAGACCUUUCUUAUGAUCCCAAACAGAAACUCUACUCACUAAACAAUAACCCCUUAUUUCUCCCCUCCCCUUAGCCUCUGGUUAACUCUAUUCUAUUUUCUGGGUUUAUAAUUUGCCUAUUCUAACUACCUCAUAUAAGUGGAAUCAUACAAUAGUUGUCCUUUUGUGUCUGGCUUCUUUCACUUAACAUAAUGUUUUCAAAGUUUAUGCAUGUUAUAGCACGUAGCAGCAUUUCAUUCCUUUUUAAAGCCAUACAAUGUAUAGUGAUUUUUAGUUGCAAAACACUUUUAGUACAUUGUGUUUCUAUUAUAUUAAUGAUAUCUAGCAUAUAUCACUACCAUAUUGCCUUUAGUAGAUGCCCAGUAAUGUGUACUAUGAGUGAGCCAUAAUUUCAUUCAGUCAAAACCCAUUGAUAAACAUUUAUUAAGUUCCAAACAGCUUUAUGAUUUCAAGAAAUGUGGUAAUGGACAUAGAGGUUCAUGUCUUUAUGUACUGGAGCCUUUAUUUUUGAUGGAAGAAUUCUUGGAGUGGCAUGGAAUGGUAUUUUUGGGUCAGAGAUUAUGCAGAAACAUUUAUAAUUUGAAUACAUACAUUGACUAUAAAAACCAUCAACUUCUUCAACAGAUAAUAUUCCUGUAUUUUAUGUAACCAUUUAUGACUAUCUUAAAAAUGAAUGCAAGUAAUAUAAGGGAAUCCACUUAAUGUGAUUUGAGCAAGGAAACAUUCUCACUUUUUUCACUUCUAGUUCAUGGAAGAAAAUUCCUAUACACAAGUAUUGAAAUAUUUCAAGUCUCUGGAUCACACAUUUCAUCAUUUCAAAAAUAUUACAGAGUACAUCACGGAUGUCAGUCAAGUCUUGUAACAACAGUGUAGAAAACUAGUAACAUUUAUAGCUAGUUUUUUUUUUAAGCUUCAGCAAUGGAUCAAUUCU